AUGCUAACACUCGGUAGACUCUGUGGACCUCGUCCGAGGCCGAGCCCGCCGCCGAGGCGAGCGCCCCCGCCGAGAAGAAGGAUGAGGCCCCCGCUGAGGGCGAGAAGCCCGCCGAGUAAAUUCAUUAAAGAUGACAAAAGGACUCGCGUCCGGACUUGGAUAGGGUCGGCCGGCCGACAAUCUGGAUCUUAGACUCAGAAGGCCCGGGGUUAGGAAGAGGAUGAUGAAGCCAUUGCGCGCUUUGGGGUCCGUUCUAUCCGGCGAGCCCGGAAGGGAUGGGGCUUUGUUGGCCAUUUACUGGCUGACAGGUCAUGAACUUUGGAGUCAUGCAUUGGAUCUCUCGUCGCCUUCUUCGUCCCUGCUGGCCUUUUGGUGGCGUCGUUUGAUGCCGUCAGUGGUCUCGGUCUGGUCUCUAUGUCCUCGGAUUGUUCGCGGGGCUUCCUUUUAUAUCUUUAUGAUUUCGAUUUUUGCCUAUUGUCGCAAUUCCCCCCCAAAGAAUACCUUUCCUUGCCAUCCACCCGCACUUCCACCCUAGUCAGUUCCCACCAGGACGUUGACUCUUGCUUCCCGAACUCUCUUGGUUUUA